UCUCCGCGUCCCCAGCUAGAUCCGAGCCCGGGAUUCCAGGUUGCCAGCGCUGCCCGACCAUGUGCCGAUGCUGGGAAUGGUUAUUCUGCGCAGCAGUCCUGGUGGAGGUGCGGAGCAGCGAGGGGUCUCAGUUCAAGGCCGCACGGCUGCACCGCUGGUCGACGGCCGGGCUGGGAUACCUGCGGGGCUCCCUGUGCCAGAGGGCCUCCUUCCUGUCAGAGGCGGAGUGCCGUCGCCUGGUUGAGGUGCCGCAGACGGAGGUGGCAGUGUACGCGGCAGAACCCCAGGCUGGUGAGAAGCUGCUGACCGUCCUGCCAGACUCCGGCCUUAGCCUGGGGUCAGCCCACGAUGCCGUCCUCACCCUGGACCCCAGCCCUGAGCUCAGCUUUGGACACCCCCUCACUGUCUUCUUCGUCGACUUCAGCGUGAACGAGCGGCGUUGUGGGGCACGUGACGGACUUUACUUAGGUAACCACGAGUGCAUGACGCUAGCCCUGAAGAGCCGCUGUGAGAACUUGCUGAAGAGAAGGAGUGGACGCGCUGAGCGACCGAACACCACGGAGCGAGCCAGGAGGAGACCGAGGGGCCGAGUGGCCAGCAGUCGCCGGAAGAGAGAGGCUGGCAGCGCUGGGCCCCGGUCGCGCAGGGAAGAGCGCCUUGAGGGUCUGUGUGAAAUACAUUUUGUGCCUUUGGUGGUGGGACAGAAGGACGAAAACAAAGAGCAGAGACUCCACUGUGUAGAACAGAAGGGCUUCGCGCCUUGCCCCCGGCCUCUGGUGAUCAGCAGCCCCAACCCUGCCACCGCUGACUGUGAGCUGAACAAAAACACCCGGCGUUGUCAUCGGCAACAGCUGCGGUCCCAGAAAUCCUGCCGCAUGUACCAGACGUGCGACCAUGGCGUACUCUUCUCAGGAGGGUGGAAGGAGCACCUCACGUACCAGAGGCACGUCGACAAUGUGAUGCAUUUCUAUCGAAUGCUACGCAGAAAUGGCUUCCGAUCAGAGAACAUCAAGACCUUCUUUGCAGGAGAUGGACAGCUCCCAGUGGGCGAAGAGACCGAGGGCAUCUACCCGGCCACAGAGAAGGUGAUGAUCAGGAGCCACAUCGCGUACAUCUGCCGCGCCGUCAACUGCGCUGACUCCCUGGUCCUCUAUCUCAACAGCCCUACGAGGAACGAUGGCACCAUGCUGCUCUGGGAUGUCAACAACAAUGGGAUCGCUGACCAGAAGGAGCGUUACACUGUGGGAGAGCUGUUGACUGACCUCGAAGGGUGCAAGGCGCACAGAGUGUUCAUGUUUAUUGAUCAAAGUUACUCAGGGACACUGAUGAAGAAACUCCUGGCGUCCACCAAACAUCCAAACGUUGUCCUGAUCAGCAAUAGCAGGGGUUCAGAGUUUACCUGGGCUUCCAGCUUUACCGAAUUCUGGACAGAACUUCAACCAGAUCAGUGUCUCAGUGAUUACAUUGUGAAGAAUCUCGCCUGGACUGCCUCCUCAACCCUUGGGAUAGUUGAGGCCACUCCUGGCCUCAUGAACAGCACCAUCUACGGAGGGCCUUGCUACAACAACCCACCGCUGACGCCACAAGAGGUGAAGCGUGAAUACAUGGGUUGCCAAAACCUGCCAACUGCGGUGUGGUACCAGACUAUCCAGAGGAAAGAUCUCCCACACUAACUGCUCCAUAUUGU